AUGAGUAGAGUGUUUCAACACCCUUUUUGCUUCCAUUUCUUAAUUUCUUCAUCCUUCAUCUUCCUUCUUCACAAGUCUGCUUCACUGCCUUCAAAUGUAUCGGAUCAUUAUGCUUUGCUUUCUCUUAAAACUGGUUUAGCUUCUGAUCCCCUUCGAGUAACGUCUUCAUGGAACGAGUCGGGUCAUUUCUGCAACUGGAACUACUAUCUAGGAAACUUUUCUUCAGUUACAGUGAUUUCUACAGCUGGAAAUAGAUUAAGUGGAGAGAUUCCAAGUACACUUGGUAGGCUCCAAAACUUGAAGAUUCUGGCUAUUGGCUUGAAUAAGCUAUCUGGUGUCAUCCCUGGUGUGAUCUUCAAUUUAUCAUCAUUGCUUGAAAUUGACUUACCGGAGAAUCAACUCCAAGGGAAUAUACCAUGGGAUGUAUUUCUUACCCUUCCAAGACUGCGAAGACUUAACGUUGGAAGGAAUCAGCUAACGGGACAAGUCCCUGCUUCAGUAUCAAACGACACAUAUCUUGUGGAAUUUGGACUGAAUCGUAACAAUUUUCUUGGCAAGAUACCAACUUUUGGAGCUCUGACGAAUCUGCAAUGGAUUGCACUGAAUGGUAAUCAACUUGGAUAUGAGAGAGAUGAUGAUUUGAGUUUCAUUCCCUCAUUGAGGAAUUGCACUCAGUUACAAGUUCUGCAUAUUAGUGAGAACGACCUUCGAGGAGUUUUUCCUAGAUCUUUAGCCAACAUAACUAAGCUUAGGCGAUUUACUCUGGGAGGAAACUUAAUAUCUGGAGAUAUCCCUAGUGAAAUAGGGGUUCUGUCCCAUUUAGAGACACUUUACAAUUGGUCAAACCAACUUAGUGGAAGUAUUCCUGAUUCUAUUGGGAAACUUCAGAGAUUAAACAUAUUAUCCCUCUUCUCUAACAGAUUAUCAGGGAAUAUACCUUCUUCUAUGGGGAAUUUAACUAUGCUGACUCAACUCUAUCUGGGAGAAAAUGACUAG